ACAAAAGGUUCUGGGGAAUCCAAAGUCCAGGAUGACUGAAGGAUCACACAAAUGGGGAAAACAGGGGAUUCAAGGUUGCGAUCGGCCGGGGGGGAGGUCAGCACCGGUUUGAAACCCGUGGCUAUCUCUGCAUGCCUGCCUACUAAACUUGCACUACUGCACUUGCUAAGGAUAAAUUCACACUUGCUCCGGGACAAAUUUCCCAGUUUCAGCACUCGUGGGUUGCACAUGGUACCUAGUAGUAUCAGGGACGAGUCAUCGGCCAACAGUUGGGAAGGAUCCAUGGAUGAAGAUGCCCGCAAGACUCCUUCGUCUAAUGAGUGACGACCGUCAACACUGUCACCACGUCUUCUCACUGGCUCUUGUUCGUCACGGGAGACCUCCCGACCCAGACUCUUACUCGUUCGCAUCCGACCAUUUCCUACGACUUGCUGCAUCAUAACUUCAUCCUGCAAUCAUCCUAACCAACUAACCUUUUCCUUCUCCCCAUCAGCUGGCUUCCCAGUCAAUAGCUACUUCGUCCCCAGAUAUGCACGGACGGCGAGGUCUCGACCGGGGUGGCAGAUGCCAUCAUGCAACUGUGCCAUCCGGGCAUUCACAUUGUACGUAUGAGGUCUCCACUGUACCGGAAGGGUUACGAAUCUACGGGCCGGGUAACCCACGGCAUAAAACUUCCUUAAAAAGCGUACAGCAGCCAUCCCCGUCACGCGGCCCUUUGUGGGAUAUUAGAAAGUUGCACCAAGUAAAAGGCCUCGAAGCACCGAAUCGAAUCAAGGUAUUGGUCCUGGGCGGCGUGCUUUGCAGCACGCGAGGGUGUGAAGACUGAUCUGCCGCUGGUAUGUAGAUGCCUACUACCUGCGUAAUAAGCGGAAGAUACCAUACCUUCUUAAUUGUGAUGAAAGCUACGUCGUAUUACUCAAGCCCAUUAUAAUUAUUAAUCGAACGACGGGCCAAGCAUUAAAGGUAAGAGCCGAUGGAUGUGGACGCAUGGUAGUUCGUACCCUUAACUCGGCCUAUCGUACAUUAGGCGGCAGGUCUAGACCCCAAG